AUGCAUGCAAAUAUAGGACAGUGGGAACAGGAGAUCGCGAGCAGGGUGUUGGGCCCUCGGGGAGACAGGGCUGAGGACGGGGGCAUUGUGAGCUUGGAUACCUACUGGCGGACUUUGGUCGGGAACCAGACUGCCCUUUCGGCAGGCGACUCAGAAUUCACGUGUGAGAUACUAUACGCCCUCAGAGACUUCCAUGUCCGGAUGACGAGAUCGAAGACAAAACUCGAAGAACUGAAAGAAAGGUAUGGCAGUUAUGAUGCAGCAUUCAGUGAGGGAGGCUACACUUCGACCGAAGAAUACAAGGAGACCCUGGUCCUACGAAAACAUUCGCCGCCGCUGGCCUUCUCGAAAAACAUGGGUGAAGUCCAGGUCGGUAGGCAAUUGUUCAGCACGGCCGAUGGACGGUUUGGAUUCGGGAACGUGGGUAUUCAGGAAGGUGAUGUGGUAUGUAUUUUCAAUGGUGCAGUAACACCACAAGUCCUGCGUAAAGUGAACGAGGAGGAUGGGACUUACAAGCUGGUGGCUGCGGCCUAUAUCCAUGGGAUGAUGAACGGUGAAAUUCAGGAGCUGGGAUUGGAGGCAGAAGAUGUACAUCUUAUCUAG